CCAGGCGGCCUCGCUUCCGUUCUGCCGCAACUGCUUCCGACCUCCGCCUUUCCCCUCGGCGGGGAAGAGCCGGGACCUCGCGCGCAUGCUCGGAGUCAUCGCCCCGGAGGGGCGGGGCUGCGGCUUCGGGAGCAGGAUGGGGGGAAGAGAAGGGAAUUCCAACCUGUAGAACUUUAGGGGUCCUAUGGUCGGGUUCUUCCCCGCGACCGUGGAUGGUGACAGGGGCGGGGCCUUUGGCGGCUCCUGGGGGGUCUUGGGGUUCGCAGGGUGAGGGAGGGGGGUGUCAGGCGUGAGAGAGGUGCGGGACUUCCAAAUUUAGGACCUUGAGGCCCUUUGGGUCCAGGCCCAGGGACGGGGCGCUCCGGCCACCAUGCGCGACAGGACCCACGAGUUGAGGCAGGGGGAUAACAGCUCCGACGACGAAGAUGAGGUUCGAGUCGCGCUGGUGGUACAGCCAGGUGCCGCCCGACUGGGGAGCCCGGACGAUGAGUUCUUCCAGAAGGUCCAGACGAUUCGGCAGACCAUGGCCAAACUGGAGAGUAAAGUCCGGGAGUUGGAGAAACAGCAGGUCACCAUCCUGGCCACGCCCCUUCCCGAGGAGAGCAUGAAGCAGGGCCUGCAGAAUCUGCGCGAGGAGAUCAAACAGCUGGGGCGAGAGGUCCGAGCGCAGCUAAAAGCCAUAGAGCCCCAGAAGGAAGAAGCUGAUGAGAAUUAUAACUCAGUCAACACGAGAAUGAAAAAAACCCAGCAUGGUGUCCUGUCCCAGCAAUUCGUCGAGCUCAUCAAUGAGUGCAACUCAAUGCAGUCCGAAUACCGAGAGAAGAACGUGGAGCGCAUCCGUAGGCAGCUGAAGAUCACCAAUGCUGGGAUGGUGUCUGAUGAGGAGCUGGAGCAGAUGCUGGACAGCGGGCAGAGCGAAGUGUUUGUAUCUAAUAUACUGAAGGACACACAGGUUACGCGACAGGCCCUGAACGAGAUCUCGGCACGUCACAGUGAGAUCCAGCAGCUGGAGCGCAGUAUCCGUGAGCUCCACGAGAUUUUCACUUUUCUAGCAACAGAGGUAGAGAUGCAGGGGGAGAUGAUCAACCGUAUCGAGAAGAAUAUCCUGAGCUCAGCAGACUAUGUGGAGCGUGGGCAGGAGCAUGUCAAGAUAGCCCUAGAGAACCAGAAGAAGGCGAGAAAGGUAUUGGGAGAACCAGAGACCCAGCGUGUGUGGAGGCGGGGCGGGCGACCCUCACAUUGGCCCUGUGCAAAAGGGCAAAUGGCUUUCUGGGAUUGGCAGCUGCUCAUUCAUGGAGUCCUUCCCUUUAGGCCACAGUGAUUGGGAGAAAGUUUGCAAUGCCCUGUUUGUCUGGGACACGUUGUUUUGUAAAAAAAAAAAAAAAAUUAAAAAAAAAAAUAAAAAAGAAAGAAAGAAAGGAAAAAAAAAAAA